AUGUCUCUGGAGGAGAAGAAAGAUAAGCCAGCUGCCUUGAAGUUAAGUUCUGCAUCUUUUGUUCCAAAGAAUCUCAAGAAAAAGACAGAGACAUUAGCCAACUCAGUCCCACCUGCUCAGGCUAUCGCUCCGUCUGCUCCGAAUGGGCAAAUGGGUUUAGGAGUGUUACCGAUUGGAAUCCAAGAGAGAACUCCUGAAAAGAAUGCGAAUGUGAUGCCCUUUCCAAGCUUGUUAGGUGGGACUCCUCCAAUGGGUCUCAAUGGGAUGGCUCCUCUAGUCGGAGGACCCAUGAAACCUCCCCCAUUGUUGUUUUCUCAUCCAGAUAAUGUGUCAAUUCUUCCCUUAUUGAAUUCUGCAAAUACUGCAGCCCCGAAGGAGAAGAAGGAACAUCUGAGAUAUUCAGUUGAGGUGAUGAUGGCAAUGAAAGAUCAGUGAAAGGAAAAACCCGGCGAUAUGGGAAAGCUAGAUUUCCCUACAAAACAAACGAAGAAAGCCAAAAUUGAGUUCAAGGGAAGACCAAGAAAGUAUAGUAACUGGAAAGUCCAUGAGCCUAAAUUCAAGAAGGUAGUCAAGAGAAAGAUGACUGUGAAUAAGUAAACGACAUAAUGCUAGGGAUUGGCUUUCUUCAGAUCAACGAACAUUUGUUUGCACGGGUGGAAGCUAAGCAGGAUUAUAUUUAAAAUUAUUAAACGAGAAUUAUUAGCUG